AUUUUUUUUUGCAAUUUUAAUAUUAUAAAAUAAAUUAUAAAUGCUCACAAUUUGUUUAUAUUAUAUUUAUUAUGUGUUAUAAGUCAAUAGUUAGUAUUCCAUUUUUACUUAACUGUUGUUGGAUGUACUAGAAUGUUUGUUCUCAUCCAAUUUUUUUUUUUAUAUUUUUGAUUUAUAUAAACAUUUAUUAUUUUUACAUUUGUUAUACAAUAAUUUCUUCUCUUAAAUAUAAUACAAAUGUUACAGUUUUCAUAUACUCCAUUUUGUUGUGAUCUCUAUGCUCUAUGUGAUUAUGUGGUAUGUUCAGUUUUAUUUUACAUAAUAUUGACCUAGUUUCUAGGUAUUUACAAGUAUUCUGAUAUUGCAUUCUUGCCCAAUAUAAUCAGUACACUAACCUACAUAACUCUUACCUAACUUACAUAGUUAACAUGACCUUAAUGUAAAUCCUUUACUGUAUUCAAAUUUUAUUUUUUAAUUUAAGUCUUCCAAUGAGUGUUGUGAAACUAAUUUUCAUAUACUUUGUUACAUAUCAUAAUCAAAUAAAAUAUAUUUAUACUUAUGGUACAUUUAAUUGGUCUUUAUAAUUGAGUUAUUAAAACAAAGAAGCUUUAUCAUACCAUGUCAGAAGUAGUUUCAUAUUCACCUGUGAAAAAAGAAUUUGAUGUAUCAUCUGGUAAUAAUAAUGAUAAUUCAAACAAUAAUUUUGAAGAAAAUGGGGACAUAGAAAAUGAUCAAUCAAAUUCUAACUAUGACACAGUUUCAGAUUGUGGAACUUCUGUUCACAGAUGUGAUAGAUGUGAUAACUAUGAAACUUUAAAUGAAACGAAUCUAAUAUCACACUUGGCUACAUGUCAAGGAACAGAAAGUAACAAUGAGAAUGAUCUACAAACAAAUCGUAAAUUAUUUGAAUGUGAUAUAUGCAAUAUGAAAUUUUCAAAUGGUGCUAAUAUGAGGAGACAUAAAAUGAGGCACACAGGAGUUAAACCUUAUGAAUGUAAAAUUUGUCAAAAGCGGUUUUUUAGAAAAGAUCAUUUAGCUGAACAUUUUACAACACACACAAAAUCAUUACCAUUUCAUUGUCCAAUUUGUAAUAGAGGAUUUCAACGUCAAAUCGCAAUGAGAGCACAUUUUCAAAAUGAACAUGUUGGUCAACAUGAUAUGGUUAAAUCAUGCCCAUUAUGUAAUUUUAGAGCUAGUUCAAUGAAAAGUUUACGAGUCCAUUUUUUUAACCGACACGGAAUUGACCUUGAUAACCCAGGUGUAAAUGUGAUAAAUUCUUCUUUAACAAACCAUAUUGAAUAUAAUAGUGGAAAUGUAAGUACUAGUGGAGCUUGUAGUGACAGUGGCGAUUCAAUUGGAGGAAGUCGUUCGGAAAGUAAUGCAACACCACCCAUGCAUUUUCUUACACCUCAUGUUGAAAUAUCAAUGACAGAACCCAAUCCUAUAGAGUGCUCAUCUUUUUCCUCUUCUCAAGUUAAUGACAAUAACAUGAAAACUGAAUCUAUUCAAAAUUUAAAUAAUGAUGAUGUUUCACAAGAUAAUGAAUGCCCAAAUUCUCCGCAGUCAACAGAUUCAAAUUCCAAUAUGUCUACAUUACCAAUAUUAGCAGGAAAUAGUCGACAAGAAGGUGAAGUAAGUACAAUCACACCAUCUGUUUCACUCAUUCCAAUAAAACAAGAACAAGGAGAUGAACAUUUAAGAAAAAAUAGUUCAAAUAAUGUCCAAAAUGGAGAAACUGAGUCAGGACGUUUUCAACCAGCAUCAAGUUUAUCAUCAUUAAUCAAAGUAUCACCUUUAAAAUCAUUGUUGCGUGAUGAAUUUAAACGUAACAUAAAUAUGAAUUCCCCUGAAUUAUCUCAGCCUCAUAACACAGAUCCUGGUAUUUGGAGGUAUAUAGCAUUUCAAAAAACAUUACAAUGUUCCUUUUGCGGUAUUACAUUUCCAGACCAAACACUUUAUUUUCUUCACAAAGGGUGUCAUUCUGAAACAAAUCCAUGGAAAUGCAAUAUUUGUGGAGAACAAUGUAGUAAUGUAUAUGAGUUUAAUUCUCAUUUAUUAAGUAAAACCCAUCAAUAAUCUUCAUACAUUAUUUUAUUUCCAAAGAAAAUUUAUUCAUAUCAUUUAUAUUAUAAUGUUUUAGUACCUUAAUUAACUAUGUAUCUAUUCGGCGAUAACCAAAAUUCCCCUAAAUAUAUGCUGCAAUAUUAGUUAUAAUAUUUAUAAUGUUUAGUUGAUUGUUUUUACCAAUAUAGUAUUGGAAAUAAUAAUUUUUUGUUAUAUAAGUAAAAAAUACAAAUCUAUAAAUUCAUUUUUUUUUUAAUUUAUCUGCCUAUUCGUUUAAAAUUAAAUUAAAUAUAACAUAAAAUAUGAUUAUCUAUAAUAAAUAUACGACUGAUAGUCUUUAUUCAACUUAAAAUUGUAUGGUGCCUACUUGUAUUUGAUUAACAGAAAUUUACUACAGUAUUAAUUGCAUACCUAUCAAAACAAACCAAAUAAAAUAAAAUUAUGUAUUGGCUCAUUACCAUGAUGAAAAACCAUGUUACUUGUCUGCUAUAUUAAUUUUACGGAGUUAAUUAUUUUAAAACAAAAGUAUUGAUUUUAUUUACUCUACUCCCAAGCACAAAUAUUUAAUAUGUAUUUAAUUUUAUUUACCUAAAUUAAGUAUUUUAAAUAUUGAUCAAGUAGUGGAUUGGUAAAAAAGCUAAACAUUUUAUUUUUACAAUUUUUUUUGUACUUAAGUGUUUUAUUUUUAGAUAUAUAAAAGUUUAAUAAAAAUAAUUGGUAUUUACCCUUUUUUAAUUUGUAGGUAUACAUUGUUCAAUGAUUUUGUUGAAAUGUAGAGGUGUACAAAGUAUAUUUUAAAAUAUUCAUUUUAUUGAUUGGUAUAGAUAAUGUAAUAUAAGUUAUAUGUGUUAUCUAAUAGUAAUUAAUUAUAAGUACAAAACAAAAUUAUUUUAUUUUGUUGUUUUAAAAUUUUCCGUCCAACGUGCCUUGUCAGUAUCUUAAUUAUAUUCUAAAAUAAAAUAAUUAAUACUAUAUUUAUAUUUUAUAUUUUUGAGGAAAUUAUUAAAAAAUAUAUUGUAAAAAAUUGGUAAAAUAGGUAAAUCUUGAUAUGCCCAUUAUUUGUGACAUAGUAAUAUUGUGUAUUAAUCUAUUACUAAAGAUUUGUUUGUAUGAAUCUGAAAACAAGUUUAAAAUAAUUUUUAAAUUGUUAUGCUGAUUUAUUAUUUAAAAUGUAAAGCACUUAUAAUGUUUUUAAUGUUUCAUUAGUAACUUUUGUUUUGGUAAUAUGAUAACUUAUGUGAAAGAACAAAUAAGAAAAAGUUUAGCAGGAUUAAAAUACUAAUUCAAUUAACUCAACUAUUCCUUGUAGGUAAUUAAACAUGUUUUUACUAACCAAUACCACUGUUGUGUUACACGUUUUGAUAACCAAUUACCUUUUAAACUUCCAAUUUUGAUUAAUUUGAAAAUAUGUACUAUAAUUUAUAAGUAUACAUUCCAAACAUUUAUGGAAAAUUAUGUAAUUCAUUUUUAGUUAGAUAUCCAUUAACUAUUAUUGAGUAUAUUGCUAUGACAGUAAAAUAUAUUACUUACUAGAUUAAAAAAUUAUGUAAUUAACUUAUUUAAUAAAAAUACACUUGAACUUCCAUGGAAAAAAAAAAAAACAAAAAAAAAUUCAAUUAGAGGUAUACUUUAUUAUAAAAUGAUUUUAUUUUGUUUAGUUAUCUAUUUUUCUGUGAUAUUAUAUUAUAUUAUGAAUUUUUUUAUUCAAAUUAUUUCUAGUUUUGUGUUCAAAAUACUAACAAUUGAAAAAUGUACUGUACAACCUAUAAUAAUGGGAGUGGUUAUUUUUCUGAUUUUCUGUAGUGCACAUAUUUAAAUGUGAGCUUAGUUACUAUCAAUUUGUCUAAGGUAUGAUUGCAGAAUGUUAUUUAGUACUAUAAAGGUGGUGCACAAAGUGUGGCAUAGUACACUCAAAACUAGCCACUGAAUUAUAUAGGUCCUCUAUAGUUAGUGAUUUUUGGGACUAUUACCUAAUGCAUGUGACGAUGUACUGAUUGUUAUUUGUUUACUUUACAUCUGAUAUUUUAUUUUAUUGUGACAAAAUCUAUGAUGAAGCUAAUAUCUUUUUAGUUUAUCAAUAUUACCUUGGGCAGUUAGUGUUAUUAAAGAGAUACCCUACUACUUACUAUGGAAUACAAUACUCUUCCUUGAUAUAUUCUCACACUAUUAUCAUUAUCAUUAUUAUAUAAAAUUUAGUAUAGUACAUUUGUAAUAAAAUUGUUGGUAUUUUUUAACAUAAAAUGUGUCAAUGUAUGAUCCCAAAAUAUCUAAUAUAAGUACUAAAGCAAUAAAUCUCCUGGAUUAAGUCUAAAGCCUGUAGGAAAAUUAAAAAUUUGGUGCACCUAUUUUACAACUCUAAAAAAUUAUAUUAUAAUAUUUAUUUUUUUUUUCAAUCAAUACAUAAAUCCCAUCAUUAUUGAAAUUUGUGUUAUUCAAUUAAUUGUAAUUUAUUGGAUAUAUUAUUUGAACUAAAAAUAAAACAAUGAAGAUAAAAUAAAAUUGCAUGAUGUUUAUUUUAUUCUAAAUACAUUUUUACAUAUUUAAAACAUUUAAACAGCAGUACAACAACUAUAUAGUUUUAAAUAUGGUUACUAACUAAUCUAUUAGUUUAAAAUGUACCAUUAACUCUUAAUUAAUCAAAAAAAAAAUUAAAAAUUAAAAGUAAUUUGUAUUUUGUAUCAAAAAAAUAAAAAUAAUAAUAAAUUUUAAUAAUAUUUAUAUAUUGUAGCUGAUCCGCCUAAAUCUGUGGUCAGUCUCAGUUUUGUAGGUUGUAACCUAUAAUGCUUUCGCCUUAAACUGAACCCUAACACAUGUUAAUUUUUAAAACAUAAUUCAAUACUGUGAUUUGAACUCUUUUGAUUGUAAAUAGAUAUUGUUAAAUAUAAUACUUUAUUAAUGCCUUUAUUUUAUCUAUAAUAAUUUAAAAAUUAUCCUAUGUACACAAUUAUUUAUACCCCUACCUAACCUUUAUAAAUUAUUUAUUAUUAUAGUGAUUUAUUUGAAAUAUAAACUGUAUUUUGUUACUUGCAAUUAUCAAUGAAUAUAGAAUUAGAUACCCACCUUUUAUUAAUAUUAAAUUAUUGUUAAUAAUUUUAAUUUCUAGUACAAUUUUUAUAAAUAAUUUUAUGAAAAUUUUUAUUUUCAUAUUCUGACAAGAUGUUUUAGAAUUAUUAUUUUUACAUUAAUUUAUUGUUCUUCAUUUUUGCACAGUUUCAUUUUCAUCCUAUAUCAUAUGUUAAUUUGAUUGUUUUAAAUGCCAUUAUUUUUAGUCUAAAAUAACGGAAUACAGGGUUUUUGAUAUCUAAAUUAGUCUAUAAUUUAAUAUUGUAAUUUUUGUAAACAAUAUUCUGAUUGUUAGUACAAUCUUUGUAAGCUUAUUUACAAAACUUACCAAUUUCAUAUUUGGACGAGAUAUUUUAAAUUAUGCAAACAAAUUUAAAAUAAUUAUUUAUCAUUAAGUAUACAACCUAAUUGUAUUUUUAAAGAUAAAUAAAUAACUGUUGAGUAUUACAUUUUGUAAUGAUAAAAAAAAUCUCAAAUGUAACAUUUAUUUUUAUGUUAAUGAAAAUGUAACAUAUUAUGGUAUUAUUUUACUGUUUAUUAAUAUUAGAUAUUUUUAGUUAUUCUGUUUUUUAAAUUAAAAUUAUUUAUUAUGUUUUUAUGAAAUACUAAACCUGUAUUAUGUGAUUUUCAAGUUUUGACUGUAAAUUCAUAUUCCGUCCAAUCAGUAUGAAACUAUGAAAUGUUAAAUUUGACUAUUUAUAAUUAUUUAUACAUUCUUAACUGUUAUUAUGUUAAAUAUUGUUAGAUAAUAAUUAAUAAAUGGCAAGUGUUUUUAAUA